GAAUGUCGGCGCGGGGCUGUGUCUUCCGGGAGCCUCGAGGGUAUGUUGCCGGGGCGCUACCCGUAAACUUUUGGUGUCGGUCAACGGAUAUGAUGAAUUGUGAAUUUGUGAACCACUUCGUUUGCUCCUUUGGCUCCUUCUCGUGUUGCGUGUGCGGUGUACGUCGGAGCUCGUUGUUUGUGCGUUAGAAUUGCCAGGAUCGUCUGCGUCGUAAUUCAGCGCGUUUGGACGCGUUGGGGGGUGCUCCAAAGGAGCGUGAAAAAUUGAGACCAGUCUUGCGACUCAAUCUACUGAAUUGGUGUAGUUUUCCUGCGCACACGCGUGCGUGGGCAAAAGACAAUCAAACAGCAGACACUGCGUCAUGCAACUAGCAAUUAUUCCUCCUCAAUCGAAAUUUCACUGGACGGAAUCAUGCCCUAGCCUGUUUAAAAGUCUGACACGUUGUCAAAAACAUAAAAACACGC